AUGUCGGAAUAUUGGAAGUCUACGCCUAAAUACUGGUGUAAACACUGCAGCGCAUAUGUUAAAGACACCCCUUUCGAGCGCAAACAACAUGAGAGCACGGGCAAGCAUCAAGGCAAUCUCAGACGGUUCCUUCGAGACAUCCAGAAUAGCCAUGAACGGAGCGAACGCGAAAAGGAGCGAGCAAAGUCAGAGGUUGAAAGGCUGAGCAAAGUCGCUAGUGGCAGCACCCCGACAUCUUCGAUAGCUACAACCGCCCCUGCAAAGUCGCAGCCUUUGAGCGUCCCGAAACCUCCAACCCAAGCAGCGGCUGACUUGAAGAGGCAAUGGGCGCAGUUGGCUGAUAUGGGCAUCAAAGUCCCCGAAAAAGCACGAUCUGAGAUGGCCAUGCCAGGAGAGUGGAAGGCGGUGGAACGACAGACGAUCAAUGAGGCGCCGGCGGAAGAGGCUCGAAAUAUCGGAGUCAGAAAACGAAAAUAUGAAGAUCAGGAAGAGGAGGAAGAAGUAGAAGAGACGAUCGUCAAUCGGGUAUGGGGAUCAACUACAAAGCGUUAUCCUGGCGACGACAAAGCGGACCUGGACGAGUUAUUGUCUGGCACGAUCUCCUUGAAGAAAGAAAAGAACAAUUCUGCUUCUCCUCUGCUAAAAGACGAAACGAAGGAAGCGUUGAAGCAAGAGAACGACGCUGGCCUCGAUGGAGAUGUCGGUAGGAGCGAAGGACAGCAAUCCAACAAAGUCGAUGCCUUGUCGACCGACAACACUCUACCAGAAGAUACUCUGGUGAAGGGAGAGAUAGACACCUCUCAAUCACUGACACCCUUGGACGCGAUCCCGGAAGAAGUACCGCUACCAGUAUUCAAGAGGCGCAAGGCUAAAGCAUCCUGA